AGGUGGACGAAGAAAUUCUCGCAGUAUGUACCUCAUCUGCCUCACUUUACCAGGGCAGCAGUUGUUAUUGCAUUCUCAUUGUGUCUAAUCCCUUAAGACACCGACAUUCACUACUCUGUACAACAUACUCUCAGCUGCCAUCCGCCCCUGACGUCAGUUCUGUUAUUGACCCAAGCCCAAUCCUACUCUCUCUGGAAGAGAUCGUACCGCCUCUCAUGCUGUGAUAAAGAAAAAAGGCAGCACCGCGAUAAGGAGAAUUAUCCCAUUGCGAACUCCGAAGAACCGGUUCACGUCGUGCGUGAUACCUGAUGUCCCUCGCCGAAACCGCCGCGACGGCGGUGCAUGUUAUCGCGUCGAGUACGGCCACCAACCAGCCGGGGGGUGUGCAUGAGCCGUGGCAGGAUCAGAUGAAGAGCCAGCGGGAUCUGUAUACGCAAUUGGUGAUAAGCAGUGUGUUGGGAUUGGGUGCUUUUUUGGCGUUUUGUGUACUACGGCCAAGAUGGACGGAAUUGUAUGCGGCCCGGAGACGGCAACGCAAUUCUGCGUCUCAUUUGCCGGAAUUGCCUGAUAGCUUUUUUGGUUGGAUACCGGUUCUCUAUCGGAUUACGGAUGAGCAGGUGUUAGAGUCUGCGGGUAUGGAUGCUUAUGUGUUCCUAUCGUUCUUCAAAUUCGGUAUCCGGUUCCUGUCGACCCUCUUCGUUUUCGCCGUUGCUAUCAUCCUCCCGAUUCAUUACACAUACGGCGGCAAGAAAGGUAUCCCCGGAUCGGAUAAUGGGGAUGGAGGUGAUGAUGGCAAUAAGAAAAAGGUGCUUUCUCCGAACUACCUGUCGAUGUAUGUAAUUUUCGCAUACAUCUUCAGCGGGCUGGCGAUCUACUUACUUCUGCAAGAGACGAACAAAGUCAUCCGCACCCGUCAAAGGUACCUUGGAAGUCAGACCAGCACCACAGAUCGGACGAUUCGUCUCUCAGGCAUCCCGAAGGAAAUGAGAUCGGAAGACAAUAUCAAGGAGUUUAUCGAGGGCCUGCAGAUUGGGAAAGUCGAGAAUGUCACUCUUUGCCGUGACUGGCGUGAAUUGGAUGGCUUGAUCGAUGAGCGACUUGGCGUAUUGCGGAACCUUGAACGGUCGUGGACCAAAUACCUGGGGUACAAGCGACCAAGUAGGGCUAAUGGGGACGUUAUGCCCAUGACAUGGCAACAAGCAGGUGGCUCCAGCCUGGUCCUAGACGAUGACAACGAGCGGACCCAACUUCUGCCGGACAGUGCUCGAGAACGCGCUGCCCACAGGAAGCGUCCGGCAGUGCGUAUCUGGUAUGGGCCACUAAACCUGCGCUACCGGAAUAUCGAUGCGAUUGAUUACUUUGAAGAAAAGCUGCGAAAUCUGGACGAUACGAUUCUGACUGCUCGUCGGAAGAAGUACACGCCAACUGGAUUGGCGUUCGUGACGAUGGAGUCUAUUGCUGCUUCGCAGAUGGUUGUUCAGGCGAUACUCGAUCCCCAUCCGAUGCAACUCUUCGCCAGACUUGCUCCCGCGCCGGCUGAUGUCGUGUGGAGGAAUACGUAUGUGUCGCGUGCCAGACGGAUGAUGCAGUCGUGGUCUAUCACUAUAGCCAUCGCAUUCUUCACAGUCUUCUGGUCGGUGCUUUUGAUUCCCGUCGCCUAUUUGCUGGAAUUGAAGACUCUGCACAAGGUGUUCCCUCAGCUGGCGGAUGCCCUUGCUCGAAACCCGAUAGCCCAGUCGCUGGUCCAGGCUGGUCUUCCUACCUUGGCUUUGUCGCUGUUGACAGUUGCUGUGCCGUAUUUGUAUACCUGGCUUUCUCAUCACCAGGGUAUGAUGUCCGGUGGAGAUAUCGAGCUGUCGGUGAUCUCGAAGAACUUUUUCUUCUCGUUUUUCAACCUGUUCCUCGUCUUUACUGUCUUCGGUACUGCGUCGACUUUUUACGGCUUUUGGGAGAACCUCCGCGAUGCGUUCAAGGAUGCGACGACGAUUGCAUUUGCUCUAGCCAGGUCAUUGGAAUCAUUUGCCCCGUUCUACAUCAAUUUCUUGGUCUUGCAGAGUUUAGGUCUGUUUCCAUUCCGACUUCUUGAAUUUGGCAGCGUCGCCAUGUAUCCGAUCAACUUCUUCUAUGCAAAGACGCCACGGGAGUACGCUGAACUGACUACGCCGCCCACGUUCAGCUACGGGUUCUCCAUUCCGCAGACGAUUUUCAUUCUGAUCAUCUGUGUGGUGUACAGCGUUUUCCCUAGCUCGUGGCUCAUUUGUCUUUUCGGACUGGUAUACUUCACCCUUGGCAGAUUCAUUUAUAAAUACCAGCUCCUGUACGCAAUGGACCACCAACAACAUUCCACCGGUCGCGCCUGGCCCAUGAUUUGCAGCCGGGUAUUUGUGGGUUUGAUGGUCUUCCAGCUCGCGGUGAUCGGUGUGCUCGCCCUAAGCAAAGCCGUCACUCGCUCAUUGCUCCUCGUGCCCUUGCUCGGUGCAACCGUCUGGGUCUCAUACUGGUUUAGCCGCUCCUACGAACCACUCAUGAAAUUCAUCGCUCUCAAAAGCAUCGACCGAAACCGCCCAGGCGGCGGUGAUAUCUCUCCCUCGCCAUCAGCGACUUUCUCGCCUCCGUCAGGUCUCGAGCGUGAUGCGCUGCCUAUUCGCGUUGGCGGGCAAGAGCUGGGGUUGAAGUUGAGUAAAUAUGUGAACCCCAGUUUGAUCCUGCCGCUGCAUGAUGCGUGGUUGCCGGGACGGAGUGCGGCGCCGGAUUUCUCGGGAGCUUUUGCGGGUUAUGAGGCGAUGAAUGGAAGUGGUGAAUCCGUUUGAUGGCUUGAGCAUGGUUUCAAGCGUACUUAUAUGUUGUCUCCGUCCUUUUGUUGCGUUUCGUUUCAUUUUCCUAUCAUUUUCCUUUCCCUGAGUACACUGACUUGGCAUGAUGAUACAGCACUGAUUGAUGAUAUACGACCACGACCACGACCACGAUACCACCUAGCUCUUUGAUAUCUUGCAUUUGUUCACUGUUGUGCUUGGGUUGUUCUGGAUAGACCUAGCGAUGCCGUUAUUCCUCUGUUAGUUCCUCGAUUUAGACUGUUAUGAGCCGACUUUCUUCCAAGUUAAACUAGUCUUACAAAUUGAACAAUUACAAUG